AUGUCCGUUAACAACAACCCCCCUUACUCCGGUCCUACGCUACGCCCCCGCAAUGCGAGAGGCACUGUCGCCGGAUCCGAGAAUCGACCUCCGAGCCCGGCACUCACCCGAGCUCACCGUCCGGUUUCCCCCGACCUGUUGUACAGCAGGGUGGUGGAGCCGGUUAUACCCAAUCAGCCCGCCGUUGUCCCGAACAACGGUGGAGAAACUGUUAGUACUCCCCGGGAGGAGGAAAGCGCAGCCCGUUUUACAACGGAGAUGACCCCAGCCCUGACCUCGUCAGUGGAUUUUUCGCCUGAGUACCAAGCUGGUCUCGAAGGGUGGACCCCUGUAACCGCCAAGACGGCGCGCACCCAUCGGACUCAGGCAGGGGCUAGAUCGGUCAGAAGACCGGCAAGCAUGGGUGAUAUUCACGUGGAUUACGUACACAACACAGUAGAUCCUAGGCACCUUACCGUGAACGUCCCAUUUUCGUCGCCAUCAGGAGAUGCGACCUCGCCUGAGGUGCUUGCUGAGGAAGGAAUGUCAGCAAAUGAGUUGAGAGCCCUAGCAAGACGCUACAAACAGCUCGCCAAGAUGGCCGAAGACCGGACCACUCCACAGGAGGAAAGGAGCGCUCCCCCCACCGCGACAGAGAAAGGCCAAGAAAGGGGCAUUCCGAUGUUUCGGCCGCUGCCAGAAUCGGGUUCUGAGGCCCGAGAACCGGCCUAUCCAGAGCAGACAGCGAAGUCGGGCCCAUCGACCGAUAAGGGCAAGGGCCCUGACCCACGAAACUGGGCCGCUGCAGGACUGUCUGAAAGUGAUUUCAGUGAGGACGAAAUCGAGCUGCAGCGGGAAGCGCUGGAGAACUACCGGGUUGCUCGGGAAAGGAGGGACCGCCGGGCAGGCCAAGACGCCGAGUACACGCCCCCCAUGGUGUCCCCUAAGAAGGAAUCCCAAUUGUCCGAUGACGAUGCGGAGAGUAACGGAGAGGGCCAAGUACCUGACGCCCGGUUCGAGCGGGAAUUGCAACGCCUGAGCGACAGAAUCUCUGAGCUGGAGCUGGUCCCUAGCCCGGGUCCGCCAGCCAGGGCGACGCGAGCGCCUUCUGGCGCCAAGCCCUGGCCUAGGGAGCCUGACGGUGUGAAAGAGACGUUGUUCUCCAGCGUCCUGCGAGGGAUGAGCAGGACCCCCCGACCGACAGGGCGAAACGGCGGCCACCCGGACGACUCCGACGACUCCAGCAGCUCGGAGAGUGAUAGCGACGUCAGCAGGGCCGGGGCCGACUCCGACGAAGACUCAGACGCGUCGACGGCUGGGUCCACGGACCCAGACAACCGCUGGAGGUCUCCCAAGCGCCGGACAAAGAGGGUAACGUCCACCAAGAUGGUCGUGAAACCAAACCCCCCCUGCCGUUACGACGGGUCAGAAGACGCCGAGAAGUACGCCCAGUUUGUUGACGAGGCAGAGAGAUACUGCAGGUUGGGGAAGAUCCCGAAGGGAGAUCAGGUCGCCAUGAUCGGGUAUUAUCUUGACGGCGAAGCGCGGGAUUACUACAACCGCCGCGUGAGAGGCAAGGAGGGGAAGUGGGACCUCAAGAAGCUACUCACGUCACUCCUUAAAUACUGCUUCUUGCCCGAUUUCCGUCUGAGACAGAGGAAGAAAUUAAAUCGGUGCUUCCAGAACGGGAAGAGCGUGAAUAAGCACGUACUUGAAUUCGAGAGCCUGCUGCUCCUCAUCGGGGCGCCCAAAGACCAAGAGCGCGUUGCGGUGUUGUGGCAGAGCUUCAACGAGGAGAUACAGAAGGAGCUGUAUCGGCUCGAGCUUGAUCCCGAGACGUCUAACUGGAAGAAAGUGGUGCGGACCGCGGAGAGAGUCGAGCGAUUCCUGAGUAUCGAAUCAAAUCAAAAAAGACGGGGGCAGACGCAACCGACCACUCAAGACUCGCAGACGGCCCGCCAGAAACAACGCUUUCCGCCGAAGAGGUUCCGGGCAGCGAUGCGAGCGGCAGCGGCGGAGGUGGUAACGCCAAAGAAGACUAACGAUUCGCGACCACGCAGCGGUCGCGGUGACCCAGAACGACCAGCGGAAAGACCUUGGGAGCGGGCUCUUUCCCCUCAGAAGAAGAAAGACUUGAUGUCUAAAGGACUGUGCCUGAACUGUGAGGAGCAGGGACAUAUGGCCAGAAAUUGCCCGAAACUCACCUCCAUGAAGUCCGACACAAAGGGUAGACCACCCGGACUGAGGUCUCACGCUGUGGGUCUGGCCAGCUCGUCCCUCCAGGAUACGACGGAGGUACUGGAAUCGUUCAGCAUUGGCGUUGCCAGUUCGGAAGCAGAGGAGAAGACCUUGGAAGGCGAAGGGCGUGAGCUGGAAACGCUGCCGGACGAGGACGACCUGUCGGAUCUGAGCGAGCGAUUGGCGGGAAUGACCCUAGACCCUUGUCUGGUGGGCGACCUCGCUGCGCAGUUUGCCGCCCUCGCGCUGGAGUGCUGUCAACCCUUCCCUGGUGACGACAAGCCCCCGGGCCCACCCGUAACAGGUUCCAUCUACGUGGAACAAUGCACUGUGCCCAGUGAGUACCUUCUGGAUCCCAAGUUUAGGAUCGGCGCUUACUGGGCGCAGAAAUGUCUGGCGGAGCUCGGUCAGGACGACGAGAUGUUGCUGAAGAGCGAGCCGUUUGCGGUCGAGCUGGGCGAUGCGCCGUUGGCAAUGGCGUUGAUUAAACUCGAGGAGAUGGAGCAGGGGAGCAAAGUGGCUGGCCUGGAAUCAUCCUUCUCGGUCAGCGAUUGCGUAAAUGGUAAAUAUAAAAUACGUCACCUGGCCCACGGGGCUUGCGCGGAGCUAAGGCGAGAACACUUGCUGGAUCCGACCUUCGAUCUCAGUGCGUGGCGCAGGAACUGGCUGCAGGAAGCGCGGCAACAGCAGCAGGGUACCGCGAUGGGACCCUUGCAGUCUCGACCUAAGGACGAUCGCUUGGGUGAUCUCCUGGCGGAGGGCGCAGUCGACCACCUGCGCUUUGGAGCGCCAUAUCCGGGGGACGACCGGGCUCGGGGAGAAGCCGCCGACGCGGAAGCCGUGAGAUUCAGCGCGCACACGGUAGGCGAGAACUGCGUAAUACAUGAUCGGUUGCACAAGGCAACGGUGUACGUGAGCACGCACCAUCUUCUCACUCCCACGUUCGAGCUUGCAGGCUGGUAUGCGGCCAUGCUUCGAGAGCGCUUCGACCUGGGUGAGGGUAAGCGUACCGAACGAUACCGCGCCAGACUGGGGGACCUCCUAGCCGCUGGGACGCUAAAGUAUUUCCGCAGGAUGAGGGCAUUGGACCCC